AUGAGCAGAACAAUGGAGGAAAUUGAUCACAAUGUUAUGGAGCUGAUCGAAGAUUUGCCAUCGGCUUAUGAGCAAUAUAACGAAAUAAUGGACAAUGAAGACCAGACACUAGCUGAGCGAAAAGAAGCGCUUGAAGAGAUGAGAUCGGAAAAUCCCGAGGUAUGGAUUUCAGUUCUUGAAUACAAAUACAACCAGGAAUUUGCGAAGUACAACACAGGGUAG